AUGAGGUUGGAGAUUAUUUUGCAAUCUAAGCUCCAGGCCCCAGCAGCACCCAGCUCCCACUCUUCCCUUAUAUCAACAGUGAGAGCAAUUAACCUGGUGCUGCCUGAAAUUGAGGUGCAUUUGGCUGGCUCCAGCAUAGAGGGCCAACUGGUCCUGAACCUCAGGACUACCCUCGUGGACCCUGUGGUGAAGGUGGAGCUCGUGGGAAGAGGCUACCUGAGGUGGCUUGAGGAGGAGAAUCCUGAACUGGACUAUGACAAGAGCACGUCUUGCACCAACCAGGCUGUCUACAUUUCCAAAGCAAAGGAAUUCCACGUACAGGAUGGCUGGCUGGAUUCUGGGGUCCACACCUUUGACUUCCAUUUCACCUUUCCUCCAACUAUUCCCUCCACAUUCACCAGCAAAACUGGCUCUAUCUCCUACUUUGUUCAAGGGACUUGCUGCAGCCGCCAAAAUGUCUUAGCUAAAGAGGAGAGAUGUUUGCUGUUGCAAGGAACUAUUGAGGUAUGGAUAGCUAAAGGUGACGAUGUUUACAUGUGCACACAUGAAUUCUUUGCCCAGAUGUUCUGGAGGACUGUGGCCCCACUGGUGGUGGAAGAUAGGAAGGAUUUAGUUUAUUUCUGCUGCUUCAGUCGUGGCUCUGUGACCCUUUGGAUUUCCUUGGAGAAAAGCGUAUUUUGCCCUGGAGAAACCAUUGUCUUCAUGACUGAUAUUGUCAAUAGGAAGAAAUAUGUUAGAAAAGUUAUUUUUGCUGUACACUGCAUUGUCCUGUAUAGUGGCUUCAGCAGCAGGGGAGAACAACGCUCCUUGGAAGACCAAAGUGAAGUGACAAGACUGGAGUCCCGGACAGACACAACACCCUUUGAGGCCAUGCCAGUUACCAGUGUGCUGGUUUUGCCAAAACCCAUGCCUGUCACCAGUACCCUCAUGGAAAAUAAAAUCAUGGCAUUCAGGUACGAGCUGGUAGGCACCUCUGACCAUCCUUGUACCACACGCACCAUUGUGGGAAGGGUGCCCAUCGUCAUAGCAGCCACACGGGAGCAUUUUUCUGUGAAGCAGAACACCAUGAGUGCAUGA